GUGUACCAUGAGAGGGUUAACACCCACGCCUCCAGCUCUGAGUUUGACUACGGUCGCCACCGGGUUAAAGACGUCUCCAAAGAGCUCCAGGGACUUCAGGAGCAUCCAGCUGUCAGGCUCCGCUUCACCAAGUGUUUCAGUUUCGCCAGCGCCCGUGCGGAGGCUGCAUACCUCACCCAGCGAGCACACUUCUUCGGAGACAACGAGGGUCUGGACGAUUACAUGGAAGCGCGAGAGGGGAUGCAUCUAAAGAACGUGGAUUUCCGGGAGCAUAUCCUGGCGUUCCCGGACCCGACCCGGCAACCGUGGUAUUCCCGACCCCGGGUCUUCUGGCUAGCUUCAGUGUUCCUCUUCUCCUGGCCGCUCCGGGUCGUGUCGGAGUACCGCACGGCGUACGUACACUACCACGUGGAGAAACUGUUCGGAGAGGAGACGAUCCGUGAGGACGGAGGAGGCGACGGAGUGACGGAGAACGGAGGAACGACGGGAGGAGAGAGGAGCGCCAACGGCGGGUCGAGCUACAGAGCGAUAUCGCGGGUGAACACGGUGGACAUGACGGAGCUGGAGUGGCAUAUUCGCUGUAAUCAACAAAUGGUUCCUUCGUAUUCCGAAGCUCUUCUCAUGGACUUGGAGAGAGAGAGUAAUGGAGGAGUCGGUGGAACAGGAGGAACUAACACCACCACCUCCACACCUGGAGCUCCAGGCUCAGACCCCAUCCAGGGGGGCAUCCCAGCUGGUAUGGCCCACCCAGUGGCCUUCUCUUCGGCUUACCUCCUCCAGAGCUGCCCCCGGUGCCGGAGAACCACGUCCAGCUCCAGCCUACCGUCCAGGCUAAGGGCACCGACAGGGAAUCAAGCUCUGCUGAACGGCACCGUGGCUGCGAUGAGGGUGAACGGCGUAGGGGGUGGCGGGGGAGGGCAGGGGGGAGGAGGAGGAGGAGGAGGGAGGAGAGUUGCCAUGGCGGAGAUGAUGUGA